GAUUGCAUAAGAUUAUCUCUCUUUCGGGGUUCUCCUCAAAGACCCAACGGCAAUUCAAUCUUUCUCAUUCUUUCAACUCCAAAUCCAGUCACACCAUUUCAUGGCGGCCCACACGCAAGUGUUACCAAAUGGGUACCUCAACAAUGGCUUCCCUAGGCCUUCUGGGCUGCCAAUGGACACCCUUCAAAGGGCUGUCUCUGAUCUAUCUCUUGAGCUCAAGAAGGAGAAUAUUGUGGAUCCAGCCAGGCAGCUUCCUCCUAUAUCAGAAGUCGAGAAGGCUGCCUGUGAGUGUUGUGGCAUGUCCGAGGACUUCACGCCACAGUACAUAAAGAAUGUGAGGGAGAAGUACUGUGGUAGGUGGAUCUGUGGGCUCUGUGCCGUGGCUGUAGAUGAGGAAGUAGGGAGACUUGGAAAGGAUGCCAUUCAUGAGGCGCUCAAUUCCCAUAUGGCAGUCUGUGUUAGGUUUAAUAGAGUGGCCAGGGCCAAUCCUGCGAUGUUCCUAGCAGAUGGCAUGAGGGAGAUCCUUAAGAGGGGCAUGCGCGGGAGGUCGCAGUCGGCCCGCGUGCGGAAUUGCACCGGCCAAAAGCCGCCGCUGAUCAUGAGGAGCUCAAGCUGUAUUCCAGCAAUCUCCGGAGAGGAAGCCAGAGCUCAUCUUAAUUCUCAUUGAAGUGAUAUAGAUCGUCAAGCUUAUUCUUCUUCUUCUUUUCUUUUCUUUUUUAUGGCGGUUGGCUGUGGUAUCGUUAAGCACAGAACUGGCUUCGUUGGUGCUUUGUUUUCUCCUUUCUUAUGGAGUUUUGCAUAGCGAACUGCCAUAUGAAGAAACUAUAAUAC